GUUCCAACAGACCCCGACCUCCCCCGCCGCACAACGCCGCUCCGACGCCGGCGACGACCCGUCCCUCCACCGACGCGGGUGGGCGCGGAGGGAGGAGGGCCGCGGGCCCAAGGAGCCCCGGAGAGGAAACCAUGGGCGCCGAGGCAGAGCAGCAGCAGCAGCAGCUUCCUCUUCCCUCCCCCCAGGCCGGCAAGGCGGACCCGCCGGCGGUGGUGGGGCUGCAGGUGUCGGCGCUGAUCGACCACGUCGCACACGUCGACUGGUCCCUCCUCGACCGCGUCCCCGGCGACCGCGGCGGCUCGCAGCAGGUAUCUUUUGAGGAGUUGGAUCAUAUUCUGAAUGAAGUGAAUGCCCUUAUCCUUCCUUCCCAUGACGACCCCUCUCCAGUCAGAACUAUGGCUGGUGGUAGUGUUGCCAACACAGUUCGGGGUCUCUCAGCUGGUUUUGGGAUAUCAACUGGAAUAAUUGGAGCUCGUGGAGAUGAUGACCAGGGUAUUUUGUUUGUCAACAACAUGAGCUUUAGUGGUGUAGAUCUCACAAGAUUAAGGGCAAAAAAGGGGCACACUGCUCAGUGUGCAUGCUUGGUUGAUGCAAGUGGCAAUCGCACCAUGCGCCCAUGUCUAUCUAGUGCAGUCAAGCUCCAGGCCAAUGAGUUCACUAAGGAGGACUUCCAAGGCUCCAAGUGGCUGGUUGUGAGAUAUGCACAACAAAACCUCGCUCAGAUUAUUGAGGCUAUCAGAGUUGCAAAACAAGAAGGUCUCUCGGUGUCAUUAGAUUUGGCUAGUUUUGAGAUGGUUCGCGACUAUAGGUCACAACUAAUUGCCCUGUUGGAGACGGGCAACAUUGACCUUUGUUUCGCCAACGAGGAUGAAGCUAGGGAGAUCAUAGGGGGAGGGCUGACAUUUGAUCCAGAGGAUGCGCUUGCAUUCUUGUCCAAGCACUGCAAAUGGGCCGUGGUGACUCUCGCUUCAAAGGGGUGCAUCGCAAAACAUGGCAAGCAGGUGGUUCAGGUGCCGGCCAUCGGUGAGAGCAACGCGGUGGAUGCCACCGGCGCGGGCGACCUGUUCGCGAGCGGGUUCCUGUACGGGCUGGUGAAAGGGCUCCCCCUGGAGGAGUGCUGCAAGGUCGGUGCGUGCAGUGGCGGGUCGGUGACCAGGGCCCUCGGCGGGGAGGUGAGGCCGGAGAACUGGCAGUGGAUGUACAAGCAGAUGCACGCCGGUGGGCUGCUGCUCCCGGAGCUCAAGAACUGAGCCUCGCCUAUGUGAGAGAGAAAAAAAAAACUUGUGUUCAGCCCCAUUGGUUGGUUGAUUGUAUCGUUGAUUGGAAGUGCCUGCUCCCAUUGAUCUCCCAUGCGUGUAUGGGAAUGGGUAGACACGUUGACGAUGAUUUGCUGGAGGUGAAUGAAGAGAUGAAAUGAAAAGAACUGAUGUGGUAUCA